GCAGCUACAGAAACAGUAAACAGCAGUUGAGAUAGCGAAUUCAAAUGGCCAAGACUGUGACAAGUGCUAAUCGGGUAUGGCAGGUACUGCUGCUGCUGUUGGCUGCAGCCGGGAUAAGUCAACAGGCGACCCUUCGUGAGGCCAGCGAGGACUUCUAUACUGCCGCCGUUGUGGAGUUUAGUCAGGCCGAUGGAGCCGAUCUGACCGCGAAUCUGGCUGACAACUUGGCGGGGUAUUUAGAGCUGAUCAACUCACCAAAUGCCACUGCGGCGGAUAUCAUGGUCUUCCCGGAGAUGACCCUCAACACCAUGAAUUCGAUUACUUAUGUGCCUGCGCCCGAGAAAAAGGCCACACCCUGCUUGGACGACCCCUCGGCCGAAUACUACGAUCCAUUUUUUGUGGAGAUCUCCUGUGCGGCUCGUAAUGUCAAAAGAUAUAUUGUGAUCAACAUCAAUGAGAAACAACUCUGCUCCGACACACCCGAGGACACGCGUCCUUGUGCCUCCAAUGGACAUAAUAUCUUCAAUACGAAUGUUGUCUUCGAUCGCAAUGGAACUGUUGUCUCCAGGUAUCGCAAGGUUCAUCUGUAUUUGAAUGAGCCCAGGAACACGACAGUUGUGCCGGAGGUAGAAACCUUUGAGACGGACUUUAAUGUGACCUUCGGACAUUUCAUUUGCUUCGACAUCGCGUUCUAUGUGCCAACCCUUGAGCUGGUUGAGAAACAUGGCAUUCGGGAUUUUGUCUAUACAAUUAAGUGGCACUCACAGCUGCCGUUUUUUACAGCGCUUCAAGUACAACUGGGCUGGGCUUAUGCCAAUGAUGUGAACCUUUUGGCGGCUGGUGCCAGUCGCUUGGAGUACGGCAGCACCGGCUCAGGCAUAUAUAAUGGAAGAAAGGGAACUCUCACCAGCGUGAUUAAGCUGGACGAAGGCGAGCGCCGCAUCUAUGUGGCCCAAGUUCCCAAGUACAAGAAGACAGAGCCGCAGCGACAGCAUCGAAUCGCCAGGCAGGUUCAGAAACGUGUCCGUGAGCCCACUCCGGAACAGAAGACCCAGACCACCAGCUCAGGAUUUGUGAUGACUCGGGACUACCUCGAGCAGUAUAAGACCUUGUGGCUAGAUCAGUCGUUGGCGGGCAGCAUGAAAGCUGACGUUUGCCAUGGAAAGCUCUGCUGCCACUUCGAGCUGGAGUGGAACCCACUGGAAACCGAAGCAGGCGAUGAAAGCAGCUUCGGCUAUCGCCUAGCUGCCUACGAUGGCUGGCGGAAUCAGCCGAAUGUAGAUCCCAACUAUGUCCGUAACUGCGGCAUCUUUGCCUGCAGUGGAGUGAGCAUUGACGACUGCGGAUACAUGUUGAGCGCUGAGCAAUUUCGGCUCAACUUAAGCCGAAUACUCAUUGAGGCCAAGUACCCGAAGUCUCAGGAGAUCCUCCUCAUGCCAAACAGUGUGAGGGACAAUCUAAUGCCCCUAGAGCCAGCGCAGUUCGAAUGGUCUGUCCAGGAGGAGGAGAAAAGUCAUCUGUUGAGUGCGCGCUUUGCACUAGCUAAAACUGAGGCGCUAUCUAACCUGUUAGCCUUCGCUAUCUUCGGCAAUUACUACGACGAAGUGUGUACCUAUGGCACGGGCACUCCGGAGAAGGACAUUCAAUGUGGCUAUAAGCCCACUGACGAUGGGGCAGCUGAGCUGCGUUUCUUUGCCAGUUGGUUGCAUUUGCUUCUGGCUGUGGGCUUCGUGUACUACCUUAGAAAUUAAUGCUUCUAUCUGAAGAAGUAGCCCUUUCUACCUUGAUAACUAUGCACAGGGUAAAUAAAGAAAAGCUCAACCCAAAGGCAAAGAAAUUAAAUCUUGGGAUAGGUCUCAAGUGUUAAUCGAAACUUUAUACGUUAAUAAA